AGAGAGUAAAACAGAACCAAACCUUACCUAUUUUACCAAGCAUGGGUCUACUGUGGUGGCGAAAGGGGAAGAAGUCCGAACCCGAACCCGAAGCAAAGCCGUCGUCAAUUCCGAAGUCGAAUGGCACAGACACAGCCAAAAACCCCACCGAGGCCCCAGGGAUGAACGGCGCUAUGGAGGUUCCGCGACCCACGAACGCUUCCGUUUCCAUUUUCGAGUUCGGCUCCGUCGCCGCUUCCAACGACAAGGUCACCCUCGCCGGCUAUUGCUCUGUCUCCGAAGACCUCGAGCCCUGCCGCUGGGAGAUCAUCACUGCCACUCAGUCCGACGCGCCGCAGUUUCGCGUCGUCUUCUGACCCCCAAUUUCUCAUUCCACACUCUCCUUUCUUUUCCCAACUCUCACUCUCAAAUGAUUAUAUUUAUCUGCUUUUUGCUAUGAAACUUCGACUUCAACUCUAAAUUGGCCUUUUUCUGAUUUAUAUGUCUUUUCUGUUUUCUGAUUGACGCGCGGAGACAGUGGACAUGUUAGCUAAGUUAAUGUUAGUUCUGAGGUUUAU